AUGGAUGAUUUAGUAGGCAAUGCAGCAGUAGACUACAAAGGUUUGCUAGCUAUAAGAUCUAAAACUGGGGGUUGGCUCUCCAAUGCUCUCAUUGUAGGAAUUGAAGUGAGUGAAAGGCUAUCAACAAUGGGCAUAGCAGUAAACCUUGUGACUUACUUAAUUGGAACGAUGCAUCUCCCAAGUGCUACUUCAGCCAAGAUUGUCUCUGAUUUCAUGGGCACCUCAUUCCUCUUAUGUUUGCUUGGUGGCGUUAUAGCUGACUCUUUUUUGGGCAGAUACAGGACCAUUGCAAUUUUUGCUAUAAUACAAACCCUCGGGACUGGCAUGUUAUCUAUAUCAACAAGGCUUCCACAACUUCAACCAACUCCAUGUAAUGUCCAUUAUUCACUCAAAAGUACCAAUUGUGAACAAGCAACUACAUCUCAAAUGUCUGUUCUAUACAUAUCUUUAUAUCUGAUGGCAUUAGGGAUAGGUGGCUUAAAAUCAAGUGUUUCAGGAUUUUGCACUGACCAAUUUGAUGAAACUGAUGAAAAAGAAAAGGCUCAAUUGACACUAUUUUUCAAUUGGUUCUUUUUCUUCAUAACUAUUGGGACUUUGUUGGCUGUUACUGUCCUUGUUUAUAUACAAGAUGAAGUUGGUAGAAGUUGGGGUUAUGGGAUUUGUUCUUUCUCUAUGUUGGUUGCUGUUAUAAUGUUUUUGUCAGGGACUAAAAGGUAUAGAUACAAGAAAACCAUGAAAAGUCCUAUUGCUCAAAUUAUUCAGGUCCUAAUUGCUGCAAUUAGGAAAAGAAGACUUCAACUUCCUAAGAAUGAUUGUUUUCUUUAUGAAAAUAAUUCAGACUCUUCAAGAAUUUCCCACACUGAUCAAUUUCGAAUAUUGGACAAGGCUGCAAUUCUGACAAAGGAAGAUUAUGAAUGUAUUAGUUCCUUGGCUCAAAAUCCUUGGAGAAUUUCCUCAGUGACAAAAGUGGAGGAAGUAAAAAUGAUUAUUAGAUUAUUACCAAUUUGGACAACAACUAUUUUAUUCUGGACAGCCUAUGCACAACUUGUUACCUUUUCAGUAGAACAAGCAUCUACUAUGGAGAGAUCUAUUGGCAACUUUAGAAUACCUGCUGCAUCUCUCACUGCCUUCUUUGUAUCAGCUAUAUUAAUCUCUCUUGCAACAUAUGAUCGUUUAAUUGUACCUUUCGUGAAAAAAUGGACAACAAAAUCAGGUUUCACAAGUUUACAAAAGAUAGGAAUAGGUCUAUUUCUAUCUUGUUUGGGUAUGGGUGUUGCAUCAAUAAUAGAAGUUAAACGACUAUCAAUUGCAAAAGCAAAUGAAGAGACAUCUAACAACUUACCAAUAAGUGUCUUUUUGUUGAUCCCACAGUUCUUUUUGGUAGGUGCAGGAGUGGGCUUCAUGUAUACAGGACAAUUGGAUUUAUUCAUCACACAAUCACCUAAAGGAAUGAAAACAAUGAGCACUGGCCUCUUCCUUACUACUAUGGCACUUGGUUUCUUCUUUAGUAGUCUCUUGAUAUCCAUUGUUAAGAAGGUGACCACCACAAAUAUUAAUAAUGGAUGGGUAGGUGAGAGUAUUAACAAGAGUAGACUUGAUUGCUUCUAUGGCCUUCUAGCCAUACUUAUCUUUAUAGACUUUGGGUUUUAUGUUCUUUGUGCUUCAUGGUACACAUCAAAAAUCAUAUGCUAG